AUGCAGGUUUGGCAGACGGUCUCUAGCAGCCGGCAGCGUGCCCGCAAUGCGGAACGGAUCACCAAGAAGUUGCAAGAAGAAGUGAAGCAACGGGCCGUGAAACGUGCCUAUGAUCAGAUUGGAGCGUUUGAAGAUCACUGGCGGUACCUCAAGGAGAAAACAGCGCGGGAAGAAGCGGAAGAAGAAGCGGAGUUGGUCCGCCUUUCUGAGGGCUGGUCCCGCGCUAGAGCGGUUCAGAUGGAACGUCAGCUUGCAGCCACAUUGGCGGAGAAUAGUAGUGAGACGAGUAGUGUCAAGAGUGCCACCACCAACCUCAUCCGCAAUAGUCGAUCUGAGUCAACCUUGGCAUCCAGAGCAUACUUGGACCGAUCUGAAGUGGCUGUGGCUGAGAAGUAUGGUGAAGUUGAAAGAAGUUGGAAGAAGUUGGAAGAAGUUGGACUGGGCUAUGCUGGGAUUCCCAAGGUCAUGCAUGAAAGUGGAGCAGAGACCCCGAAUGUCCUCCACGCGUAUCGUCCCCCCUCCCCGCUCCACCUCUACGACUACGGUGGCAUCUCGGUGCGGCCGCGGUCGCAGCAGCAACAGCUGCGGGGAGCCACGGGGCGUCCGGCGUAUCGCCGGGAGUUUCUGGGCGUCUACUUUCCGGGCCCAGAUGCCUGGCCAAGGAGGGAGUCGGUGGCCAAGACGGUACUGACGCAGCACGAAGACACCAAGUCCAAGACACCAGUGAGGGGCAAUCGAGCGCAUGCGAUCAUCCUGAAGACCAGGAAGGAUGCGAUGCGAAAACGCGAUCAGGAAGCCUUCAUUGAACAAGCUAGGUUUGAACAAGGUCAAUUUGAGGGGCGCUUUGCCAAUCCCUUGCAGAAGAAUUCGGGCUGGCCCAAUGAGGAAAUGAUCAACGAACUCAGGGACAUUGGUGCUGUCCUAAGCUUAGACGCUGAGAAGGCUCCGGUCCGCUCCGCCUGGGAGGUGCGGUGCCCGGCCGGUGCCCAUGGUGCCCGGGGAGGUCCUGGGGAGGGAACCUUCCCCGGUCUGACUGCCCUGGCCAAGCACAUUUUUCUGAGUUUGCAUAGUGCACCUGGGACGGCAUCGGCAUCUUCAAAUCUUGGCUCGAGAUUUGGGCAAUACCAGAUGUUGUUGCAGGUCAUGAGGAAGCGGCGCGCCAAUCUGAAGCACCUCUUCAAAUACGUCAACCAUGGCAUUCCAGGUAUCUUGGAGCCUCAUGAAUUUCUGGAAGGUUUGCAACGCUUGGGCAUCGUGGAGCGGGGCCAGUGUUCAGCGCAAGAGAUGGCGGACUUGAUGAACGACCUUCGGAAAGUCAUGGAGAUUUCACCCAUUCGGAAAGAUUUGGAUCCCAACUUUGACGGCCGAGUGGCACUGAGCGAAGUGAACCGAUGCGUCCAAGCUACACGCGCCGUUUGUGGACGAAAGGUCUUUAAAGAUCAUAUCAGUCCUCCGGAGGUGACAAAGAAGGAAAUCAAGGAAGUCUACACUGGUUCGUUGCCUGUCGAGAAAGUCACAGUGGAACGGCAGCCGAAGAGUCUCUGGGACUUCGAGUGUUCCUUUGAGGAACUGCGGGCACAGCAGCAUGCCCUGCUGGUGCUGCACAAGGAGGGAUUGUCGCUGGAUGGUGGUGAAACUGAAAGGUAAAGAAUGGAACAAUUAAUUAAGAAACGGAACUAAAUAGACCAUGUAUACCAUAGCAAG